CAGUCAGGAAGGCUUCCUAGAGGAAGCUGAAUGCUAGAGGAAGGAUUGUUGAUGUUAAGAGUUGGAGGAAGGACAGUUCAAACCCCUGCGUCUUGAUUUUGACACUUCCUGGCUGUGUGGCUUUAGGCAAGCUGUUUAACGUCUCAGGUGCCUCCCUUGUAAAAGGUGACUGAUAAUAGCUGGCCUGCAGGGUUGUUGUGCAAAAAUUAGUCUCUGCAAUCUGGGUGGUGGUCAACGACGCCCGAGCGCUUUGAUGGUGGACGUCCAGGCGGCGUAGCAAGCUGGUCAGAACGCGUCGUUCCUGGGAGGGGUGUCUCCUACCCUUCCUUCCUCACCCAGGUGACCAAAGGUCACCCGGCCGGUCAGCGACUGCCGGACGCCGGAGGCGGUGGCGCGCUAGGGGGCCGGUCUGCCGCGGCUCCUCCCCGGACCGUCAGGCCGCGGCCCGGCCCCGGAGAGGAGCGCUGGCCGAAGCGAGCGGGUCCAUUGAGAGCUGCUGACAGCUGGCCAGCGAGGGGCCGAAGUCCUCAGCUCUCGGGUCAGCGAUCAAGGCGUUUUUCCGGGUGUCGCUCCACUCCUAUAGGCUACUGGAGGCUUGGGGGCGGGCCUGAGCGCUACAAGUAGGGACUGUGGAUGUUUUUGUAGUUUUGGCUGAAAGAAAAGGACGCUCCUGCCUUCCGGGUUGCUGCAGCUGGCAAGGGCUGCACGGUGUCCUGGGGGCCGGUGGGCCCUGCGGGCCCGACGAGCUGAACACUCUCGACGACGUCAGCUUGCCCCGAUUUCCGUGGAGCCCGCCUCCCUCGGCUCUUGCGCGACGCUCCCCGGCCCCGUUGUCAGCUCCGCGCACGGGAGGCCGGAAUCCCGGAGCCCCUGCGCGGUCAGCGCACCCACUACAGCGGAUGGGCCGCCCUGGCGGCGGGGCCUGAGAACGGCCUGGGGCCCUCAGGGCCGGCUGCUAGCGGGAUGGACACUCUGGGGGAGGUUAUUGGCCUGAACGGGAGCACAGUGCUGCCCCCGCCCCUGGCACCCAACCUCAGUGUGCCACAUCGCUGUCUGCUGCUGCUCUAUGAGGACAUUGGCGCCUCUAGGGUCCGGUACUGGGACCUCCUGCUGCUCAUCCCCAAUGUGCUGUUCUUCAUCUUCCUGCUCUGGAAGCUUCCGUUUGCUCGGGCCAAGAUCCGUGUCACCUCCAGCCCCAUUUUUAUCACCUUCUAUAUCCUGGUGUUCGUGGUGGCACUGGUGGGCAUCGCCCGGGCCGUGGUGUCCAUGACUGUCAGCACCUCGGAUGCUGCAACUGUCGCAGAUAAGAUCCUGUGGGAGAUUACCCGCUUCUUCCUGCUGGCCAUUGAACUGAGUGUGGUCAUUCUUGGCCUUGCCUUCGGUCACCUGGAGAGCAAGUCAAGCAUCAGGAGGGUGCUGGCCAUCACCACCGUGCUGUCCCUGGCCUACUCUGUCACCCAGGGGACACUGGAGAUCCUGUACCCUGAUGCCCACCUCUCCGCUGAGGACUUCAACAUUUAUGGGCACGGGGGCCGCCAGUUCUGGCUGGUCAGCUCCUGCUUUUUCUUCCUGGUCUACUCUCUGGUGGUCGUGCUCCCCAAGACCCCACUGAAGGAGCGCAUCUCCCUGCCCUCGCGGAGGAGCUUUUACGUGUACGCAGGCAUCCUGGCGCUGCUCAACCUGCUUCAGGGGCUGGGAAGCGCGCUGCUCUGUGCAGACAUCAUCGAGGGCCUCUGCUGUGUAGAUGCCACCACGUUCCUCUACUUCAGCUUCUUUGCGCCACUCAUCUACGUGACCUUCCUCCGGGGCUUCUUCGGCUCGGAGCCCAAGAUCCUGUUCUCCUACAAAUGCCAAGUGGACGAGACCGAGGAGCCGGACAUGCACCUGCCCCAGCCCUACGCCGUGGCCCGGCGCGAGGGCCUGGAGGCGGCUGGGGCUGCCAGCACACAGUUCGACGUGGCCGGCGGGGUGGCCUACCUGGAUGACGUGGCCUCCAUGCCCUGCCACACGGGCAGCAUCAACAGCACAGACAGCGAGCGCUGGAAGGCGAUCAAUACCUGAGUGCUGAGACCCAAGAGGAGGCCAGGGAGCAGAGAGUCCACGGGGAGAAGGGCGAGGCCAUUGCAGCAGCCUUGUGCAGGCCCCGUCCUGCCCUCCCGGCCUCAUGUUGCCCUCAGCCACCUCUGCUCUAGCUGGGGGCUACCUCCCGUCUCUACCUGCCAUCUCCCUGCUCAGGGACAUGGCCAAGACUUUGAUCAGGACUGGUCUGGCCCUCCCCACCCCUCUGCCCACUCCCCAUGGCACUGUGGCUGCCACAAAGUCUGCUCUGGUGGGUGGGUUGAAGUGUGUAUAUUUUCUUGAUCUAUUUUUUAAUAAAAAGGAAAAUGAGAGGAA